GGCGGCGGCCGCGGCCGGGCCCGAGCCCGCGGCGUCCCGGAGCCGGCCCGGUGCGGGCGGCGGGCGAUCUGUCCCGCUUGGCCUCGAGACUCCUCUGUGGCAGCGGCUCUUGGCCCUCGAAGAAUGACAGCUUAAGCUGUAAGAGAAGGAAGGGGAAAAGAUGGGCCACGGGGAGCGGCUCCCUGCAAAGAGUAACCCAGACCGAGCCCUGCCUCUUUACUGCUUAGGGAGGAAUUCUGCCGCGGAAGGGUUCUGGCGUCGGUGAUGAGCAAUGGGGUAUGAUGUAGCACGGUUUCAGGGGGAUGUUGAUGAAGACCUUAUAUGCCCCAUCUGCAGCGGGGUCCUGGAGGAGCCAGUUCAGGCUCCUCACUGCGAGCACGCCUUCUGCAAUGCCUGCAUCACCCAGUGGUUCUCCCAGCAGCAGACGUGCCCCGUGGACCGCAGCGUGGUGACAGUCGCCCACCUCCGCCCCGUCCCGCGGAUCAUGCGUAAUAUGCUCUCGAAGCUGCAGAUCACUUGCGACAACGCUGUUUUCGGCUGCACGGCCGUGGUGCGGCUCGACAACCUGAUGUCUCACCUCAACGACUGCGAGCACAAUCCAAAGCGCCCGGUGACUUGCGAGCAGGGAUGCGGCUUGGAAAUGCCCAAAGAUGAGCUGCCGAACCACAACUGCAUCAAGCAUUUGAGGUCCGUGGUGCAGCAGCAGCAGACGAGGAUCGCUGAGCUGGAGAAGACCUCAGCAGAGCACAAGCAUCAGCUGGCGGAGCAGAAGCGGGACAUCCAGCUGCUCAAGGCCUACAUGCGAGCUAUCCGCAGCGUCAACCCCAACCUGCAGAACCUGGAGGAGACCAUCGAAUACAACGAAAUCCUGGAGUGGGUGAACUCCCUGCAGCCCGCCCGGGUGACACGGUGGGGUGGAAUGAUCUCCACGCCGGACGCCGUGCUGCAGGCUGUCAUCAAGCGCUCGCUGGUGGAGAGCGGCUGCCCCACGUCCAUCAUCAACGAGCUGAUCGAGAACGCACACGAGCGGAACUGGCCGCAGGGCCUGGCCACGCUGGAGACGCGCCAGAUGAACCGGCGCUACUACGAGAACUAUGUGGCCAAGCGCAUCCCCGGCAAGCAGGCCGUGGUGGUGAUGGCCUGCGAGAACCAGCACAUGGGCGAGGACAUGGUGCUGGAGCCGGGACUGGUGAUGAUAUUUGCACACGGAGUGGAGGAAAUAUAAAGGACUCUGGAAGAGAAACGCUUCGUGCUGGCGAGGGAGAGGAGGGGGAAGGUGGCGAGGCAGAGACUGGGGGGCAGUGGGUCCCAGCCGCUGGUGUUCCCCACUCACAGACACGGUUUUGUUAGGGCACCGCUCCCUCCGCCCUCUCGCUUCCUAGCUGAAGUGAUUAAAUGCCCCUGGUAAAUGCUA